AUGAAGUCAUUCUGGGCUUCAGCUGCUCUCUCGGGCCUCAUCGGAGUGGCAUCGGCUCGUCCGACGGACAACAGUCAAGUGUGGAGCCAGCUUCGCAAUAAUAUUAAACACGUUAUUUAUUUGACGCUUGAGAACCACUCUUUCGACAACAUUGCUGGUUACUGGGAUUUCCACCCGGAUAUCGACAAUCUACGCAACAUCACAUUCUGCAACGAGUACACCAAUUCCAACUGGACGGUAUGGGGAGAGCCAUUAGAGAUAUGUGCAGGUCCCUACGAGACCGAGGUGCCGCUGAAGGACCCGGAUCAUAACUUUGCCGGUGUCAGCUAUGAGAUCUUUCGCAAGUGGAAUCCAACCAAGGACGAUGUGCCUGACAUGAGCGGCUUUGUUGAGCGCCAAUCGGAGAAGUACAGUGAAACCCCUGGUGAUGCUGCCUUUGUCAUCCAGGCGUAUGACGAGAAGAAGACUGCUCUUCUGGCGGAGUUGGCAAAGAACUUUGCAUUCUUUGAUUCUUACUUCGCCGAGCACCCUGGCCCAACUGAUGUCAACCGCCAGUUUGCAACCUCAGGAUCGUCCUGUGGCUUUGUCGACAACACCAACCAGGCGUCCGGAUUCUGGAAUAAUGUGACAGGAACUACAUGUGCCACAUCAAUCUUCGAGUCCCUCACCGACAAGAACAUUACCUGGAAGAACUACUAUGAGACCGACAUCAUCGAUGCAUUCAUGUACAAGUGGGUUCAAGACAAUGCCAUGGACCGCCUUGUUCAUGCCAGCGAGUUCUACACCGAUCUUGAAGAGGGAACCUUACCUACUUUCUCUUACAUCAACCCAGAAUGCUGCACCAUCGACUCGAUGCACCCGACUAGCCCUAUGUCCUCUGGCGAGCAGAUGAUCAAGCACUUGUACGACGCCCUUCGUGGCUCCAAGUACUGGGACAAUGCUCUGCUGAUCAUCAACUUUGAUGAGCACGGUGGUUUUGCGGAUCACGUUCCCCCGCCCAUGAACGUGCCCCAACCCAAAGACGGCAUCUCUUAUAACGGCACCUCUGAUGGCCACCAGGUUACCUAUGACUUUACCCGUCUGGGAGUUCGCGUUCCCGCCUUCCUCAUCUCGCCAUACCUCACCGCAAAUACUCUCAUCCACGACCAGGGCACUAUGUACGCCAGCAACUCCGCUUACACUCACAGCUCUAUUCUGCAUUUCCUGCAGGAACUAUGGGAGUUGGAAGGUCUGAACAACCGUGUGCAGUGGGCUAAGACUUUUGAGUCGGUCUUCACGAAUACGCUUCGCACCGAUACGCCAGAGAAACUCACCACCCCUAGAUGGUACGGUGGAGCUGGAGAGCCAGAGCCGGAGUCAUUUUAUCUCCUGAACCAGGACUACAGCUACUAUGCUGAUAUGUGA